AUGGGUGAUGACAUUUCUAUGGCAAAUAUUCAUUUACGCCUCAAGCGGGAAGUGCAACUGCUAAGUGUGGCCCUAAGUGUUUUUCAAAUCGCCUGCAUUAUCAUCAAUGCCUUCUACAGGCCAACAAUUGGUUGGCGUGUCAUACGACCCCUGGUGGCCUAUAAUUUACCCAAUAUUUUAAUUAGUCUAAAUUUAUGCCUCUAUUGGUUGGUGCUGCGUCUCAUUGCCCAUCUCAUGCAAUCGAUUAAUGAUAUUUUGGAAAUGUUGCCACAGGUUGCAGGAAAUUCCGGGAAGAAUUUGGUAAUAGUCAAUCCAACAUCCUUGUGGUUCUACAAGGAAUUCUAUAGCAGUAAAGGCUAUCCAAAGUCAAGGCAAUUUAAUGCACAUGAGGUAUUUAUCGAGGUUCAAGGCAUCCAUUCGGAUUUGUCGGAUGUCCUCAGCGAUACUGUGGAUAUUUUUCGUUAUAUUUUGGUAUUGAAUUUUUUGGCAUCUUUUGUCGUCUUGACAAUUGAAUUGUUUACGUUAUACACUUAUUUUGAUGAUCCUGCGCUGAAUGAAUUGACACUGGUCAUAUUCAAGUGUGUAUGGUUGAUUUUGCACAGUAGUCGAAUAUUUUUUGUGCUGCUGACACAUAAUGCCAUCACCAGGAAGAAAUGUCAAAUGCUAUAUAUUCUCAAUGCUAUGCCGGUGGAUAUAUUCGAAUCGGAAAAUGAUAUUAAUAAAUUUUUGCUGCAAAUUAUGGUACGGAAACAUACCGAGUCGGCUUGCGGAAUUGUCGAUUUGGAUUUAAUGUUUGUAUUGGGGAUCCUCAAUGCUUUGGCUAUAUACAUAAUAUUUCUCAUACAGAGCGAUUUGGGUAAUUCAUCGCUUAACGAUACGCUUUUUAAUACAACUGUGAAUUAUAUGUAA